UAGUGGCUGAGGUGGAGGCAUCAUUAGCAUCAUCAUCAUCACCGUCGCCCCGGCUGUACUGGUUUAUUUUUCCUCUUUCCUCCUUCCGGGAUUCUUUUUGUUUUAGGAUGUCGUACGGUCCUUUAGAGACUUACCGGCCCGGGGGAGGGCCGGUGCCGCCCCAAGACUUCAACAGCAUUAUCCAGACCUGCAGCGCCAACGUACAGCGCCUGACACAAUGCACUUCUCAGAUAAAGAAUUUGAUGAGCCAGCUGGGAACCAAGCGGGACUCCAGCAAGCUUCAAGAAAACUUGCAAGAGCUGCAGCACACUGCAAACCGGCUUGCCAAGGAGACUAAUGAAUACUUGAAAGAGCUGGGCUCCCUGCCACUCCCCUUAUCUGCACUGGAACAGCGCCAGCAGAAACUUCAGAAGGAGCGUUUAAUGAACGACUUUUCCGCUGCCUUGAAUAACUUCCAAGCGGUGCAGAGAAAAGUGUCCGAGAAAGAGAAAGAAACUGUUGCCCGGGCAAGGGCUGGCUCCCGUCUCUCUGCAGAAGAGAGGAACAAGGACGAGCAGCUGGUCUCAUUUGACAGCAAUGAAGAAUGGAAUCAGAUGCAGUCUCAAGAAGAGGACGCGAUAACAGAGCAAGACCUUGAACUAAUUAAGGAGAGAGAAACAGCCAUCGUGCAAUUAGAGGCAGAUAUUUUGGAUGUGAACCAGAUAUUUAAAGAUCUGGCCAUGAUGAUCCACGAUCAAGGAGACGUGAUCGACAGCAUAGAAUCAAGUAUAGAAAAUGCAGAAGUGCAUGUGGAAAAUGCCAAUGAACAGCUACAGAGAGCUUCGUAUUAUCAGAAAAAGUCUCGUAAGAAGAUCUGCAUCCUGAUUGUUGGCCUUGCUGUGGUGACCCUAAUCCUGGGCGUUGUUAUCUGGCAGGCAACAAAAUGAAGUCUGUGAGUGGGACAGGAUUAAUUGAGGCACUGUCGGAUAUUUUUCCCCCAACACUCAGGGGAGAAUGUAGACAAGCCUGUGAAACGAAGUGAUCUAGAUGCGAAGGAGCACAGACCAGUUUCCCUCUAGUUAUUCUGUGUAGAAAUUAACAUGCCGAUAAAUAGGUUUUGACCUUGGUGAACUCUGACAACAGUAUUUAUCAGUUUGUGUAAAAUUAUUUAAUUUAACUGAUCUUGUGGGGGGGGGGGGUUGUUUUCUGUACUAUAUAUAUAUAUGUAUACACUAAUGCAGUCCCGAAUGUAAAGUGUUGAAGAGUUUAUGAACUAAUUUAACUGACAUGUGCAUAUUUUUUUAAUCUGUGCUCCUUUUAUAAAUGAUUUGUAUAUGCACUACUUCCAACACGGACAAACGUUCACUUUCCCAGCAAUUUUAAAUCUCUGAUUAGUUAGAUAUAAUAUGAAGAGCUACUUCGGGUAUGCACAUACAGGCAAGUUUUCUUUCAAAAGACAGCUCCUCUGCUCCAUUGCUGGUUGCUGUUGAAACUUCAGCAUGCUUCAAAAGCAGUCUUUUAUGCAGCAUUGUGAACUGGUAGUUAAGUGGGGCAUGGGCGUUGGUGGGGGGGGGGGGGACCAACCUCACAUAACACACAAAAAUAAGCAUACUGUUGUUUGUGUUGGUCUUGGCUUAUAAAUUGCCAAGGGAAAGGAUAGCCCUCUUGUUUUUAAAUACUGCACCUGGGUUUGAGACCAACAAUAUAUUUGGUAAUAGAUUUUUCUUCCUGUAUCAUGUUUGUGGUGGCAUUGAAUCAUUUUAGCAGUGUAUUUAAACAUCUUGUUCUCUAGUGAAGUUGCCAUUGGUGAUGGGCUGUAGAUCACUGUUCCCAGUGUAUGCCUACAUGUAUGAGAGAUAUUUUAUGAACGUGACUUCAGAUUGUUGUGGAACAAAUACCACUGCAGGUAGAAAACAAAGCACUGAGCUUAUAAAGGCUUAAACAGGUGACACAGAAAAAGAGUUAUACAUUUUGUGGUUAAUGCUACCAAAUGUCUGCCUUAGAAAAAGAAGACUUCUGACAUAACGUUAGAGUAUAUCUGACUGACUAUACUGAUUUUCUCCCUGGUUUGUGAGUGCCUGUCUGAACUGACAUACUGGAGGAAUUGUUAAUAGAGUACUUUCAGUUCAGUCCUUCUCAAAGUAACUUGCAAAAAAGAGAUGUAUACGUUGUUGAGGUCCCGAAUUCAAGAAGCUGCAGCUUCCUUCUACUGACAGGCUCAUUCAUUUUUCUUCAUCUCCUUUAUGGAAAUUAUUUCCCUUUAUGUAAGUUUGUACGGGAGAAGAACAAUGCCCUCAGUUGCACAUCUUUCUUUGCACUAUGACGCCCAUCAUUCCGUCCAUUUAACUUAUCAAUAAAAAAUUUUAAAAGAA